CGGAGCCCGAGGGGGAACAUGGCGCCGGGGCCGCCGCCGCCGCCGCGAUCCCGGAGGCCGGCUCCGCGCUGAGGGACCGACCCCAGCGGGUAGAAUGUUGGCAAUUUGGCAAUGAGAAGUGGUAAAAACUGACAUCGUACUGGUGGUAUACAAACACACACUAUGGGACCUGGCCCUUUCCAUGCUUAAGUAGCCAGCCUUCUACUCCACUGGAGAACACUCAUCUGAUCUUGAAAGUGGCUGAGUGUGGCAGGAUGUGUCGACGAUGAUGAUGGCAAGAAAGCAAGAUGUCCGCAUUCCCACCUACAACAUCAGCGUGGUGGGAUUGUCUGGGACUGAGAAGGAGAAAGGCCAGUGCGGCAUUGGGAAGUCUUGUCUGUGCAACCGCUUUGUGCGCCCAAGUGCUGAUGAGUUCCACCUGGACCAUACCUCUGUCCUCAGCACCAGUGACUUUGGUGGACGAGUGGUCAAUAAUGACCACUUUCUCUACUGGGGAGAAGUUAGCCGCUCCCUGGAGGACUGUGUGGAAUGUAAGAUGCACAUUGUGGAGCAGACUGAAUUUAUUGAUGAUCAGACUUUCCAGCCUCAUCGAAGCACGGCUCUGCAGCCCUACAUCAAGAGAGCUGCUGCCACUAAGCUUGCAUCUGCUGAAAAACUCAUGUACUUUUGCACUGACCAGCUGGGGCUGGAACAGGACUUUGAGCAGAAACAAAUGCCUGAUGGGAAGCUGCUGGUUGAUGGCUUCCUUUUGGGCAUUGAUGUUAGCAGGGGUAUGAAUAGAAACUUUGAUGACCAGCUCAAGUUUGUAUCCAAUCUCUACAAUCAGCUUGCAAAAACAAAAAAGCCCAUAGUGGUAGUCCUGACUAAGUGUGAUGAGGGCGUUGAGCGGUACAUUAGAGAUGCACAUACUUUUGCCUUAAGCAAAAAGAACCUCCAGGUUGUCGAGACCUCAGCGAGAUCCAAUGUAAACGUGGACUUGGCUUUCAGCACCUUAGUGCAACUCAUUGAUAAGAGUCGGGGAAAAACGAAAAUCAUUCCUUACUUUGAAGCUCUCAAGCAGCAGAGUCAGCAGAUCGCCACGGCAAAAGACAAAUAUGAGUGGCUGGUGAGCCGUAUUGUGAAAAACCACAAUGAGAACUGGCUGAGUAUCAGCCGAAAGAUGCAGGUAUCCCCAGAGUAUCAGGACUAUGUCUACCUGGAAGGGACUCAGAAAGCCAAGAAGCUAUUCCUGCAGCACAUCCACCGCCUCAAGAAUGAGCAUAUUGAGCGCAGAAGAAAGUUGUACCUGGCAGCCCUGCCGCUGGCCUUUGAAGCCCUCAUACCCAACCUGGAUGAGAUAGAUCAUCUAAGCUGCAUGAAAGCCAAAAAACUCCUAGAGACCAAGCCAGAAUUUUUGAAGUGGUUUGUUGUGCUUGAAGAGACACCAUGGGAUGCUACCAGCCACAUUGACAACAUGGAAAAUGAGCGGAUUCCCUUUGACUUGAUGGAUACUGCCCCUGCUGAGCAGCUGUAUGAGACCCACUUAGAAAAGUUGAGGAAUGAGAGGAAGAGAGCUGAGAUGCGAAGGGCAUUCAAAGAAAAUCUGGAGACUUCUCCUUUCAUAACUCCUGGGAAGCCUUGGGAGGAGGCCCGCAGUUUUAUUAUGAAUGAAGAUUUCUACCAGUGGCUGGAAGAAUCGGUAUACAUGGAAAUCUAUGGCAAGCACCAAAAGCAAAUUAUAGAUAGAGCAAAGGAAGAGUUUCAGGAGUUACUUCUGGAAUAUUCAGAAUUGUUUUAUGAGCUAGAGCUGGAUGCCAAGCCUAGCAAGGAGAAGAUGGGUGUCAUUCAGGAUGUUCUAGGUGAAGAACAGCGAUUUAAAGCAUUACAAAAGCUCCAAGCGGAGCGGGAUGCCCUCAUUUUGAAGCACAUUCAUUUUGUGUACCACCCCACAAAGGAGACAUGCCCCAGCUGCCCAGCUUGUGUGGAUGCUAAGAUUGAGCACUUGAUUAGCUCUCGGUUCAUCAGGCCCUCUGACCGAAAUCAGAAGAAUUCACUCUCUGACCCCAAUAUUGAUAGGAUCAAUUUAGUUAUCUUGGGCAAAGAUGGCCUUGCCCGAGAGUUGGCCAAUGAAAUUCGAGCUCUUUGUACAAAUGAUGACAAGUAUGUGAUAGAUGGUAAAAUGUAUGAGCUUUCCCUGAGGCCAAUAGAGGGGAAUGUCAGACUUCCUGUGAAUUCCUUCCAGACACCGACCUUUCAGCCCCAUGGCUGCCUCUGCCUGUAUAAUUCAAAGGAGUCACUGUCCUAUGUGGUGGAGAGUAUAGAGAAGAGCAGAGAGUCCACGUUAGGCAGGCGGGAUAAUCACUUAGUCCACCUUCCCCUGACCUUAAUUCUAGUUAACAAGCGAGGAGAUACAAGUGGAGAGACCCUGCACAGCUUAAUACAACAAGGACAGCAGAUUGCUAGCAAACUUCAGUGCGUCUUUCUAGACCCUGCAUCUGCUGGCAUUGGUUAUGGACGCAACAUUAAUGAGAAGCAAAUCAGUCAAGUUUUGAAGGGACUCCUGGACUCUAAGCGUAACUUAAACCUGGUUAGUUCUACUGCUAGCAUCAAAGAUUUGGCUGAUGUGGACCUCCGAAUUGUCAUGUGUCUGAUGUGUGGUGAUCCCUUUAGUGCAGACGACAUACUGUCUCCUGUCUUGCAGUCCCAAACCUGUAAGUCUUCUCACUGUGGAAGCAACAACUCUGUUUUACUUGAACUUCCAAUUGGACUACACAAGAAGCGCAUUGAACUGUCUGUCCUUUCAUACCAUUCCUCAUUUAGCAUCCGAAAGAGCCGCUUGGUUCAUGGGUACAUUGUUUUUUAUUCAGCCAAACGUAAGGCCUCCUUGGCAAUGUUACGUGCCUUUCUUUGUGAAGUGCAGGAUAUUAUCCCCAUCCAGCUUGUUGCACUCACUGAUGGCACUAUCGAUGUCCUGGACAAUGACUUAAGUCGGGAGCAACUGACAGAGGGGGAGGAGAUUGCGCAAGAAAUCGAUGGGAGGUUCACAAGCAUCCCCUGUAGCCAACCCCAGCAUAAACUUGAACUCUUUCACCCAUUUUUUAAAGAUGUGGUAGAGAAAAAGAACAUAAUUGAGGCCACUCAUAUGUAUGACAAUGUUGCUGAGGCCUGCAGCACUACUGAGGAGGUGUUCAACUCCCCCCGGGCCGGGUCACCACUCUGUAACUCGAACCUGCAAGACUCAGAAGAGGACAUCGAGCCUCCAUCAUACAGCUUGUUUCGGGAAGACACGUCACUGCCCUCACUGUCCAAAGACCAUUCCAAGCUUUCUAUGGAACUGGAGGGAAACGACGGGCUAUCUUUCAUCAUGAGCAGUUUCGAGAGUAAACUAAACAACAAAGUACCUCCACCAGUCAAACCAAAGCCUCCUGUUCAUUUUGACAUCGCGAAGGACCUGUCUUACCUAGAGCAAGGCCAUAGGGAUGGGCAGAGGAAGUCUAUGUCCUCUAGCCCCUGGCUGCCCCAGGAUGGCUUUGAUCCUUCUGACUAUGCAGAGCCCAUGGAUGCUGUGGUCAAGCCAAGGAAUGAAGAAGAAAACAUAUACUCAGUGCCCCAUGACAGCACCCAGGGCAAGAUUAUCACCAUCCGGAAUAUCAACAAAGCCCAGUCAAAUGGCAGUGGCAAUGGUUCCGACAGUGAGAUGGAUACAAGUUCUCUGGAGCGAGGUCGCAAGGUGUCCAUUGUGAGCAAGCCUGUGCUGUACAGGACGAGAUGCACCCGGCUGGGGCGGUUUGCCAGUUACCGCACCAGCUUCAGUGUGGGCAGUGAUGAUGAGCUGGGGCCCAUCCGGAAGAAAGAGGAGGACCAGGCAUCCCAGGGCUAUAAAGGGGACAACACUGUCAUUCCAUAUGAAACAGAUGAGGACCCGCGGAGGAGGAAUAUUCUUCGCAGUCUAAGGAGGAAUACUAAGAAACCAAAGCCCAAACCCCGGCCAUCCAUCACCAAGGCAACCUGGGAGAGUAAUUAUUUUGGGGUUCCCUUAACAACUGUUGUGACUCCAGAGAAACCGAUUCCCAUUUUUAUUGAAAGAUGCAUUGAGUACAUUGAAGCCACAGGACUGAGCACAGAAGGCAUCUACCGGGUCAGUGGGAACAAGUCAGAGAUGGAGAGUCUGCAGAGACAGUUCGAUCAAGACCACAACCUGGACUUGGCUGAAAAAGACUUCACCGUGAACACUGUGGCUGGUGCCAUGAAGAGCUUUUUCUCAGAGCUGCCAGACCCGCUGGUCCCCUACAGCACACAGAGUGACUUGGUGGAGGCGCACAAAAUCAAUGACCGGGAGCAGAAAUUACAUGCCCUUAAGGAGGUGUUAAAGAAAUUCCCAAAGGAAAACCAUGAAGUCUUCAAAUACGUCAUCUCUCACCUCAACAAAGUCAGCCACAAUAACAAGGUGAAUCUCAUGACGAGUGAGAACCUGUCCAUUUGCUUCUGGCCCACCUUGAUGCGGCCUGACUUCAGCAGCAUGGAUGCACUCACGGCCACACGCUCCUACCAGACCAUCAUCGAACUCUUCAUCCAGCAGUGCCCCUUCUUCUUCUACAACCGGCCUAUCAGUGAGCCCCCAGGUGCCGCACCCGGCUCCCCUUCGGCCAUGGCUCCCACUGUUCCCUUCCUCACCUCCACACCCACCACCAGUCAGCCAUCACCACCCCAGUCACCUCCACCCACCCCCCAGUCCCCCAUGCAGCCACUGCUCCCUUCCCAGCUCCAAGCAGAACACACCCUGUGAGCCACCACAGUCUGGGUGGUAGGAGACCCAACUUUCUCUUUGAUGGGGUGGCAUUUUGCCUUGAACAAAACCAGGUCCACUGGAGCAGGAGCCACAGCCCUACCACCUUCUCAAGACCUCAGUGGUGGCAUUAGCCAGUACCCACCACAUGCUGGGCAGUUGGGUACCCUGAGUCCAGGUCUGCACCUGGCGCUGCCUGUGAUUGGCCGUAGCACCCUGCCCUCGGCCCAGGAACACUCUGAGGAUUGAACCAGUCAUGCAGCCGCCCCAGCACGCCCCUCCACUGCUCCCUAUCUGUGCGCCAGCUGCAGGACCCAAGCCCUGCCCUUAGCCAGGAGCAGAGGCUGCCCCCAGCAGGGCUGGCUGGCCCUCUGAAAAGGAUACUUCCCACCCAUGUUGUCCCCUUCCACCCUCCACACCUGCAGUGGACCCCACUUGGAACCAGAGCUGGUCUGGCCCGCGAGCACAGCAGCAUGACGGGAGAGGCUUUAUGCCUGAGGCCCCGUGUCCGGACCCAUUCCCUGAACCAGCAGUGAACACUGGAAGACGGGCGGAGAGGGAGACAGACAAAAACCACAGACCUCAAGACUCCACUCCCACCUCCUGGGCAGCUGCCGGGUAAAAGUGCCCCUAGCUGUGGCAGCAAAGCGAGGACGCCCAGGCGCUGUUGGAUCGAUCCCCUUAGGCUCUGCUAGCACCUCCUUCUUCACUGAAAGGAUAGUUUGAGCCCUUGCAAGGCUUGCUGGCAGAUGAGCCCAUCCCCAGCCCUGGUACCAUACACUACAUUGCUAUGGAAACACUACACAUACGCUACUGAGGCAUGGGGCUCCGGUUGGUGUGUUUGAUGUUGAAUUGGGAUAGCUUUAUCCCAGGCUGUGGAUGUCACCAGCAAGGGUUUGUGGGACAUGAGCAGGUGUGGGCACUGUAAAGAAACAAGUCUGGUGCACAUAUGGAGGACCCUUUGUGGUCCUGGCACACACCCUGUGCCUGCCACCACUGCGCCACCCUGGCCCAGCUCUGUUUUCUACCCACUCCUCUUCCCUUCUUCAGCCCCCAACACAGCAGCCUUUGGUAGGCUGCUGCCUGAACCCCCAGUUCUCAUCCUCACUCUGGGCCACGAAGCCUGACACUACGGUACCCUGGGCACGGGAGGGCCACAGGGCCCUACAGCACUGUCCUGGGUCUCGCCAUUGCACUUUAGAAACACGUUCCCAGGAGCCCCAGAUGGACAGCCGCCCUGCCCUCACCUCCUUGGGGCCCUGGACUAGUUGGCUGUCUCCCAACUUUAGUUCUUUAUGGCAAAAUAAGGUGCUUGAAAACAGUAGCUACCCCUGCAAGUCUUGUCGCCUCUGAGACCAGCCAAGCCCAAGGUCCAGGCGCUCUGUAAAUGCUUCCCUCCUGCUGGGUCUUUGCGAGCCGGAAGGUGGUGCGUGUCGUGUCCACUGUGGUUGCAGUCUUUUCUCUCCCCUGAGCUCUGGACAUAGAACUGUUUCCUUUCACUAGCUUUGCUACUGGUCUUGAUAUCCUAUGGAGUUCUUCAAAGUCAGGAGCCAUAGGGAGACUAGACUGGCUGGAGAGACUUAGGACCAUCCUAGUGUAAACAUGGUGACCCAGGCCACCCGUUCCUGAGGCUGCUGCAUGUGCACCUACUGGGUGAUAUCAGCAGUGGAUAUGGAGGGUUUGUGGUCAGGAGGGCCCUGUCUCAGUUCUCAUGCUUACAAAGAGCAGGCUAGGUACCUCCCACCCACCCCACGGGGCCCUGCUUGCUUCUCUUGCCUCAGCUCUUAGCUUCCUACUCUGGCCAGUCUCCAGUGGCCUUGGCAGUAAUGACAGCAGGGUAGAUGGGGUCCCACAGAGCACCUGGGGCUGGGGUGAGCUCACUGCCCUUGCCCAGGGUGCUUUUCCCUCAUCUGCUACCACUGGGCUGCUGCUCAGUACUAGGGACCAGAAAGAAGCCCUUAGAACUGACUCAGCAUCAGCUGUGGUUUGCAGAUGGACCCAGAGGCAUAUUAUGCUGGCCACUGGUGGUCAUGCCCCUUCCCCAUCGUGUUACAUUGUGAAGAUGGUCCACUUCUCUGCCCACCUUCCUCACUGAAUGCAGGCAGCAGCUGUUCUCAGUUCUGUCUUUGCCACUGCAGAGGGUGACAUCAUAGGAAUGACUUGCUGGUCAGAAGGCUCUGAUGGACAUCCCAUGCCUGAGGGCCAGUAUACCCUUAGUAGGGACUCCAUACAGCACCCUGCACACUGGCCUCAAACCCCAAGACUUGCUGUGGCCCAGCUGUAACACUCACCCCCAGGCAUCCCCAGUGGCAUGUCAGGGAGGCUCAAGCCCUGUUCUCACCCUUGCACAGAAAGGGUGAUUGGAACAUCCAGAACUGCUCCACAGCCCUGAUUAGUGUGGGGAGGCCGUGGCCGGAGGCCCAAACCAACCCCUCACCUCCGUCACACCCCCGCCGCCGCAAGGCCACCCACCGCCCGCAUGGUGGAGCCGGGGCGUAAAUUAUUGUUUGCAUUAAAGAAUCACGUUCCCGUGUACAUUUGACACAAAGGAAAUGUCUCAGAAUUGUGUGGGAAUAAAACUCAUUUGAGAAUUGGGA